GUAGUAAUCUUGUCAUUAUUUGUUGCUUCUUAUUGAGCACGUGUUGAGUGAUUGGUAAUAGUGUACAACUUUUUGAAUAUAAUAAUGGGAAAAGGACGGAGGCAUAAGCCAAAAAAAAAUUUUGCAGAAAAACGUCGUGAAAAACAAAAGAAAAAGAACGAGUGGGAUACAACUCCACACCAUAAUUAUGCAGACAUUAUCAGAGAAAAUAAGGAUUUUGAAAAUUAUUACAAAACCCAGAAAAUUGUACCCGAAGAACAAUGGGAUUCUUUUAUCAAUACAAUGAGAAAGAACCUUCCAGUGGCAUUUAGAAUCACAGGCUCAAAGAUAGAAGCUAAGGCAUUGAUUGAAACUAUUAAAGGAGAUUUCUUUAAGGAAAUCUUAAAUACAAAUAUGGAAGAUGAUUCAGAAAAUAGUGAAGAUGCUAAGGAUAUAUUGCAGUGCUUACCAUUUUAUCCUGAUGGAUUAGCUUGGCAAUUACAAUUAACUAGAAAAGAUAUUAGAAGAUCUGAAGCAUAUUUUAGAUUACAUAAUUUUUUAAUUGUUGAAACAGAAAGUGGAAACAUCAGUAGACAAGAGGUGGUUAGCAUGGUGCCACCUUUAGUAUUGGAUGUAAAACCUACCCAUAAGGUUUUAGAUAUGUGUGCAGCACCAGGGUCAAAAACAGCUCAACUCAUUGAAAUGAUACAUUGUGAAGAAACUAGUGCACUUCCAGAGGGUUUUGUAAUAGCUAAUGAUCUUGACAAUAAUCGUUGCUAUAUGCUUGUACAUCAAGCAAAGAGAUUAAACAGUCCAAUUAUUUUAAUUACAAAUCAUGAUGCCUCAGUAUUGCCAAAUUUCACUACUACUAAGCCAGAUGGUACAAAAGAGCAAUUAAAAUUUGAUAGAAUACUUGCAGAUGUACCAUGUAGUGGUGAUGGUACAAUGAGAAAAAAUCCUGAUAUUUGGUGUAAGUGGAGUCCUGCAAAUGGUAACAAUCUCCAUGGAAUUCAGUAUAGAAUAGCAAGAAGAGGCUUAGAACUUUUAGCAGUAGGAGGGAGAAUGGUAUAUUCCACCUGCUCUCUAAAUCCAAUAGAAAAUGAAGCUGUACUCCAUAGGCUUCUUGUUGAAACUCAAGAUUCAGUUCAAUUAGUUUCUUGUAGAGAUUUAGUACCUGGAUUAGUGUGCGAUCCAGGCAUAUCACAUUGGUUACCAGCAUCAAAGGAUUUACAAUAUUAUGAAUCAUGGGAAGAUGUACCUGAACAAUGGCAAACACAAGUUCAUCCUAAAAUGUUUCCACCAAAACCUGAGGAUGCAGAAAAAUUUCACUUUGAACGAUGUAUGAGAAUAUUACCACAUCAUCAAGACACAGGAGGUUUUUUUGUGGCCGUUUUGGAAAAAAUAAAUCUCCUACCAUGGGAACGCGGGCCAGAUAUGAAAGAUGAGGCUACGGAAAAGGAAUUAGGUUUGGAACAAGAUACAAAGAAGAAUGUACAUGGGAAAAGAUCAUUCGACGAUAUGAACAGAUUACGAGAAACCAGAAGAAAACGUAGAAGAAUCGCUGCUGGGUAUAAGGAAGAUCCAUUUGUUUUCUUCAAAGACGAUAAGGAAGAUGUGUGGUUGUCUAUUAAAAAUUUUUAUAACAUAUCUGAUGAUUUGGAUCCUCGAUGUUUGUUGGUACGAUGUCUUGGUAGGAAAAAGAAAAACAUUUAUUACACAUCUCCCGAAAUUCGUAACGUUGUACUGUCUAAUGAAGAUCAAAUAAAACUAAUAAAUACUGGUGUAAAAUCAUUUGUACGCUGUGACAAUAAAAAUAUGGAUUGUCCAUUUAGACUCGCACAGGAAGGAAUACAAAUUAUCAUUAAAUAUAUUGGAGAUGCUAGAAAAAUUAAAAUAUCUAAAGAUGAUCUAAUAAUGUUAUUACAAAAUAAUAAUCCACAUACACCACCUGAAAUCGUGAAGCUUCAUACAGAAACACAGGAACGAUUACAAGACUUUGCAACUGGAAGUUGCAUACUUGUGUAUGAAGAAGAAGGGACAGAAAAACCAUUAAAGUUGCAAAUGGUAGGAUGGCGCGGAACAAUGUCCCUGAGAGCGUACGUCCCUGUACACGAUGCAAUUCAUUAUUUACGUCUAUUAGGAGCUGAUUGUUCGAAAUUCGAAAAAAAUAAGUUCAAAGACAAUCGUCCUUCCCCUAUUAUCCCUGAUGAGUUGACUGAAGAAUUAAUUAAUGCAAUUGAAAAUGAAGACGAUGAUACACACGUAUUAGAAGCGAAUUGUUCGAAAUUUGAAGAAGAUAAAUUGCAAGAAGACCGUGGUUCUACUGUCCCUGAAGAGUUGAAUAAUGAAAUUGUUGAAAAUGUUAAGAAAGAAAAAGACGACCAUACAAAUUUAUUAGAGGAUGAUUCUUCAAAACUGAAAAAACAUAAAUUGCAAGAAGACUGUGCUUCUACUAUUUCUGAAGAGUUGAAUAAUGAAAUUAUUAAAAAUGUUAAAAGAGGAAAAUACGACCAUCCAGACCUAUUAGAAGCUGAGUGUUCGAAAUUGGAAAAAGAUAAAUUGCAAGACGACCAUGUCUCCAUUGCCCCUGAAGAAUUGAAUAAUGAAAUGAUUAAAACUGUUAAAAAUGAAAAAGACGACCAUCCAGAUCUGUUAGAAGCUGAGUGCUCGAAAUUAGAAAAAGAUAAAUUGCAAGAAGACCGUGCCUCUACUGUCCCUGAAGAGUUGAAUAAUGAAAUGAUCAAAAAUGUUAAAAAUGAAAAAGACCAAAACCUAUUAGGAGCUGAUUGUUCGAAAUUGGAAAAAGAUAAAUUGCAAGGCGACCAUGCCUCUAUUGCCCCUGAAGAAUUGAAUAACGAAGUGAUUAAAACUGUUAAAAAUGAAAAAGACGACCAUCCAGAUCAAUUAGGAGCUGAUUGUUCGAAAAUGGAAAAAGAUAAUUUGCGAGAAGAACGUGCCUCUACUGUCCCUGAAGAGUCGAAUAAUGAAGUUAUUAAUGAUAUCAAAAAAGGGAAUGAGUCACAAACUUCAAAUGAAUUAAAAGAAUGA